UCUUCACUUUUCAGACAGAUGCCAGUGAUCCACAGGUUACCAAUGGGCUUGUUUUCACUGCACUUCUUGAAUACCAGUUCAAUUCAUUAUGCCUUUUGUUAAUAUCGGUUCCGAAGUCCUUAGUCACAAAGGCGGUGCGCACAAAAGAAAUCCCUCACAGAGAGAGCGUCUGGUAUACGGUCGAGAGCUGUAAUGAACUAGUAUACACAAACAUCUGAUCAAUAGAUAAAUAGACAAGCCUGUUAUGUGUGCUAUAUCAAUCGAAUAUAGGCGAUAUUAGCCACUCUCCUCUAUAUUCUCCGGAAAGUUCUAUGAGCAAAGAUAAAGCAUCAUGAAAGAUAACAUUCUUAAUCCUCCUUUUCUGCUGGAGUUAUCUGAGAGUAUUGACUUGGCAGUGGUUUCUCCAGCGAAUUUCGCAAUUUAUUUGGGAGUCUCAAGUCCUAAAGGCAGCGCAGCAGUACAACAAGCAAUACUUGGCAUGAACCCCCAGCAGGCAUAUAUGACUUUAUUAAACCAUCAUGUUAAAGAACAUGGGACCGAUGUUAACAGCGCAUUGAAUCUACGAUCAAAACUAUUGAACAACCGCUUGAAGUCUAUUGCCGAUAUUGUAGAUAGAGAAUUAAUGAAGUACAACAUUCCUAUACCCAGUCAUGCUGAUACAGUUAUCGGCCAGCCACUUGAUCUACCAACUCCUCCUUCUGAUCUACCAGGCAAUUCAGGACCAAGGCAGCGGCAGGUACCACCUACGACAAGUAUGGUUAGAGAUCCCACCAGUCAUGAUAGGCAGCCAGUUAGACCAGAUACCCAGCCUCCCAAUCGUCCCGUAUACAGUGUUCCACACCCGUCGCCCCCUGAUCACGACAAGCUACCUACACAUCGGUUCUUUGCAGCCAUUGUCAUGGUCACAUUGGUCACUGUCGGUGUCUAUUUAUUUCUAUAUUAAAAGAUAAUCAAGUCGCACAUCUCAAGCGUAUUUUAUCGAAAAUGUACACUGUAAAAACUGCGGUGUUAAAACUGACACCAAUUGGUGUUAAUAGAGGACCACACCCUGAGGUGUUAA